AUGCCGCCCAAGGGAAGAGCUACAGUGUCCCUGGCUCAAAAGAAGGCAAGCAUUCUACAAUUCUUCCAAGAUGACCACUCUGUUUACAACAUAAAGGAGCUUGAGAAGCUCAUACCUAAGAAGUGCAGUGGCGUCUCGUCUAUGCUGGUCAAAGGUCUUAUUCAAGAGAUGAUAGAUGAGGACGGUAUCAUAUCGGUCGAAAAGUGCGGUAGUACUAACGUUUAUUGGUGUUUCAGAAACCAGAUUAUUAUGAAAACGCAUCAAGAAAUGGAUACGCUGCAUACUCGCAUCGAAAGUGCCAAACAGGAGACUAUACAAGCCAAGAACAUAUUCGAGGAAAAUGUGAAUUUCCUUAGAAAGGAUAGAUUUGACGUGGGCGGACAUCUGGUUUCCCGAGCAGAACAGUUGGGGCUACUAGAAAGUCUCGAGGUGCAACUCAGGACUCUUCGCGCUUCUCGGGAUCAAAAAGCUGAAAAUAGAUGGGACCAAUCCAAAAUUGAGGCGAGGAUCAAGGCGCUCUCGGUACAGAUAGGAAAACUAGAGGCUGUUACAGACAACAUUGAGUUGAUAACGGGCUUCGUGUGUAGGCGUUUUAUGGUUGACCCAAAAAGCUUGAGGACGGAGCUAGGUAUACCCGAGGAGUUCAUGGAAUUUACGAACCUUCCACGUUGCAGUUAG